AAAGAGAGCAGGUGCACUGGAGAAACACGACGCGCACAGUUUUUCCGUUGCGGGAAUCCGCGUCACGUCGCCUGACAUCGCGCAUCGAUUUCCGGGACUAUUCGUGGGGGAACGCCGAUUGAUCUUCAGCAGCCAAUUCCCUGGGCUCGUGUCGCUGAAUGGAUCAUUUCGUCCUGUGCUGUCCAAUCCGUUCGACUUAAUUCGAACAGAGUUGACCAAGUCCCUUCAUUUUGUGUUGCGGCCCCCGUAUUAUGCACGCCCCCGAUGCGUGGCCGGCCAAUAUUUAUUUCCUCAACGCGCGCUCUUCGUGUCUCCUAUGGCUGGUGCCUAUUAACGAUUACUCGGAAUCAGGCUACUGCGGAUACGCCUCGUGCUGAAUUACAGGGGUUGGUGAAUUGCAGCGACGAUCACGAUCCUGUGAAUGCAAAAGAUUCGUGGCUCCGGUUCUUCACCACGCGUUCGCGCGAAAACAUAUCAUGGAAUAUGAUAUUAAGUUUUCGAGUGUCUGAGCUCCAGAUGCUUCUUGGUUUCGCUGGUAGAAAUAAGUCUGGCAGAAAGAACGAGUUGCAAGCACGUGCAUUGGAAUUAUUGCGCUUAAGAGCACACCCAGCCAUCCGGCUCAAAAUACGUGAAUUAUACAAAACAAUACAGGCAGAUCAAAUGGCAACACAUCAAAUGUAUGGGCAAACUGGUAGUACUACUGAGCCACAAAUUGAUCAAAACAUGCAUAAUAGAAACUAUUAUUCAACAAGGCAAGCGAUUAGUCAACAACAACAGCAACAAGCAUCAGUUUCUGCUGGGAAGGAAUUGACUCCAGCGCAUCAAGCAUCUUUACCUCAGGCACCUAAGACUAAUCCAGUAUAUCAGUCGGCUGGUUAUACUAGUGUAGCACCGCAGCGUACUACAAAUACAGCAUAUAAUCCGUAUCAGCCAUCCGUAUAUCCAACCAAAGUUCUACCAAGUCCAUUACAAAUACAACCUACAAGUCAAUAUCCAGUUCAUCCAGAUGUUAGGCUGAAGAAACUUCCGUUUUUCGAUUUAUUAGGUGAAUUAUUGAAGCCUUCUAGUUUAAUGCCACAGGGAUCGAUGAGACUGCAAGAAAACACAUUUUUGUUUCAUUUGACACCGCAACAAGCGACAGAUGUUGCCAGCUCUCGUGACUGUCGAGCUGGUAGUAAAAUGGAUUACGUUGUACAGAUACAAAUGCGAUUCUGUUUACAAGAAACGUCAUGUGAGCAAGAAGAUUAUUUUCCUCCAAAUAUUGGAGUAAAAGUUAAUGGGAAAAUAUGUCCUUUACCGAAUCCUAUACCUACCAAUAAACCAAGUGUAGAACCGAAGAGACCACCACGGCCUAUCAAUAUUAGUCCGUUAGUAAAAUUGUCACCUACUGUGGGAAACGAAAUUCGUGUUACCUGGUCGGCUGAUUAUGGUAGACGAUAUGCAAUCGCAGUAUACCUCGUCAGAAAGCUGUCUAGCGCUGAAUUACUUAGUAGAUUAAAAAAUAGAGGUGUGAGGCAUUCCGAUUACACUAGAGGAUUAAUUAAGGAGAAAUUAAACGAAGAUGCAGAUAGUGAAAUAGCUACUACGUCCCUGAGGGUAUCGUUAGCUUGUCCUCUAGGAAAGAUGAGGAUGUGUACUCCGUGUCGCGCAUCGACGUGUUCUCAUUUGCAAUGUUUUGACGCAUCUUUGUUCCUUCAAAUGAAUGAGCGAAAACCUACCUGGAAUUGUCCAGUUUGUGACAAGGCAGCGCUUUAUGAUAAUCUCGUCAUUGAUGGUUACUUUCAAGAAGUUCUUAAUUCAAAUAAGCUAUUGCCAGAAGUGAAUGAGAUUCAGUUAUUACAAGACGGUUCCUGGGAAAAUUUAGUGUUAAAAAAAGAAAAAGAUAAGGAUAAAGAUAAGGAAAAAAGCGAAACAAAACCGACUGAAUCACGGGAAAAUAAAAUUGAUGUGGAUACUGUAGAUUUAGACGAAAGCAACCCUCCGGCACCAAAGGAGAAGAAACGUGCUGUCGUUAUCGAUUUGAUAUCGGAUAGUGACGAUGACGACGAAGAUAAUACACCGACCCAAAGUACAAAGAAAUCAGCUAGUGGCAUUUCAUCGCCAAAGAAAUCACAGACCAGUUCCAUUAGUAGUACAAGCGAAUCACCGGAAUUGAUGAUAAUCGAUUUAGAAUAAAGGAUUCUUUGAUAUUAAACAUAAUCCUGAAUUUUUAUAAAAAUAAUCACUUUCUUUGCGAUGAAUUCUCGAUGAUCUUUUUUCCCUUGUCCACAAACUUAGAAAGUUUUGUAUUUUACAAUCUUAAUUUUGUAGUUUAAUUGCUUUCGAGGCAAUUUAAAAUAAAGACUUAUUGUAAUUUUAAUAACACUGCAUUCCCAUAUACAAUUCAUAUAUUUGGUUUAAUCUCGCUUGACAAGCAUUAUAGUGCCAAAGUCAAGUUUGAGACUGCGAUAACAGUAAUUUAAUAGAAUUUUUAUUUAAAUUGAUUAUGUAAUACGAUCGCUGUGUGUGGUGUAUGAUCAUGUAAAUGUAAAUAAAGUUACCUGCAUUUUUUGUAACAUAAAUUUAUUAAUUUGGAUAAAAGAGUUUAUGUAUGGAAACUGAUAAAUUCGUAUUUUACUUAUUUUUGUUACAUUUAUUAUGUAAUUUCAGUGCAUGAUGUAUUUUUAAUAAUAGUUAAAAUAACUUGAUCUCAUAUUGCAGUUGAAUUAUGGCAUCGAAACAAAAAAUAAGAAUUCUUGUAGUAUAUGUUAAAAUAAAUUUUUUAUGUACAUUA